CCGACUACUUGCACAAAUUGUCAUACACAGACAACUCCUUUAUGGCGACGUAAUCCUGAAGGACAACCUCUAUGUAACGCAUGUGGUCUAUUUUUAAAAUUACAUGGUGUUGUUAGACCUUUAAGUUUAAAAACUGAUGUUAUAAAAAAACGUAAUCGUGGGGGUGCU